UUGAAUUAAACUACAUCGUUCCAAAUGGAGCUCCAGCUUUUGGCCGCAAUAAGUUUUAUUGCGGUAGCCUAUGCGUUACCUACGUUACGAGAUAGUAUACGCCAACCGCUCCACGUUUUCGAGGGCGAGGAUGCUCUACUCACGUGUGUCGUGCGCAAUCUAGAAUCCAACACGCUCCUUUGGAAAAGGGAAGAUAAAGAAAGAGGGGCUCCUCGUAUUCUUACGGCGGGAGAGAAUCGCGUCACAUCAGACUUGCGUUUCGAUGUUCUCCAUGACUCCGCACCCGCAGUACCAGGAUCAGUUUCAUCAGGUGGAGACGUCUGGGUUUUAGUCAUCAAGUCUGCCCGAGCAGCGGACACAGGCACCUACAUUUGUGAAAUCAACAGCAAUCCAAUUUUGCGUUCGUUCCAUUCUCUUUAUGUUGUACCUAGCAAACUUCAGCCGCCUACCAAUACCAAUACGGCGCCCAACGGUAAUUCCUCCACAACAGCCGCCAUUGAUUCCACUUCCAGUCGGAUUGUAAAUCACAACUAUACGGAAUGUUGCAGCUUGAACAACGUGACCAGUGCCUGUAUGGGCUUUUGCAGUUUAAAAAAUAUACUUGACGGCACUACUGGUCAAGAUCCGGAACAGUGUGAGUCCGAUUUCCCGGCUAUCGUCAAAUGCAUGGCUGACGGUACGAAUCACGUCCCUUGUUGCAUCGAAGAAGGAGUGCCCGACAUUUGCCAGGACAUUUGUCGCGGUGAAUACGCAAUACCGACAGAUGACAUUCGGACGCACGUUUCCUGCUCUGCUUACACAGAGAAAACUCUGGCUUGCAUCGCAGAAGGAAUAGAGAUAUUGCCGAACGCUCCCGAGGACGUGCUAGUUGACAUCCUGUCUGAUAAAGCCCUGAAAAUUUCAUGGACUCGUCCUUCGAGGAACUAUGGUAGCGUCACGCACUACUAUGUUAACAUUUCUGCACUGCCCGGCUUCGAUUCGUUGGAAGUGAAAACAGGGCUCACUGGCGGUGCUGAAAAGGACGCGAGUGAUAGGAACGGGUCGAUGAGCUUGCAAGAGCAACCGUUCUUCAUGCAAAUCAAGAUCCCGGCCGAUCAAAACUCGACGACGGUUGACAACUUGAAUUCCUUUACCAUGUACGAGAUCACGGUGACAUCCCACAACAAUCGAGGGAGCAGUUUGCCUUCGCAAAAAGUUCGGUCUUUGACGGAAUCACCGAAGAAAACCAAAACGCCUGCCAUGACCGCACCCGCCCUUCCCGAUAUCAAAGAAUGCUGCACUAAGAAGGGCGUCUACCACAGCAGAUGUGUGGAUAAAUUUUGUGAUCCCGUUCGCACGGCCGAUGUUAGUCUACCAGACUUGAUGAUUUGCGCCCCAUGGGCUAGCGAUAGUUUUUCUUGUUUGGCUAAUGGCAUUGAUCACACUGCGUGCUGCAGAUCGCGUGGUUUGCCAGAUCCUUGCAUUCAGUUGUGUACCGGAAACAUCACGCGAGUGGAUUAUAAUCAAUUCCGUUGCAUUCAGUAUAUGAGUGAGUUAAGCAACUGCUUGUUACAAGGCUAUGGUGUCUUACCGGGACCACCCAUGGGCUUCCGCGUCACCCACAUCAAUCCAACAUUCGCCAUUCUACGAUGGGAAAUGCCCAAGGUCCUCGGUAAAACAGUGGUCUCGUACAACAUCCGCUAUCGACCAACGAGCGACGGCAAUGUAACGCCUUACAAAACGAUCAACAGCAAAAGCGUGCCAUACAUCCUUCAGAAUUUGAUGGCUUCGACCGAGUACGAAGUGUACGUGACUGCGGUCAACGAGCACGGAAUCGGCGAACCUUCGACGCGAAUUCUCUUCCGCACCGCCGUCGGCCUAAUGGAGGCCACGUCGUCGGAGGCGGCCUACAAUGUCACGGCCUGCUGCAACAUGGUGGGCGUCAGCGGCAAAUGCAUGCCCUUGUGCGAUUACAGCGCCAAGCUGACCGAUUUGAGGCAAUUAACUCAGAGCUGCACGAAAGACUUUCCUAAACUUUUGAGAUGCGGUGCUGGUGGACGGAAUCACGUCCAGUGUUGCGAACGAAGGGGCAUCCCGCAGGCUUGCCUUGGCUUUUGCACUGGUCACGUGACAGAGGAGCUAGUCAUCACGGCUGCUGCGUGCCUUCCUUACGUUGGAAACGUCAUCCAGUGUUUCGAGGAAGGUACUGGAUUGAUACCUGGUCCUGUUAUACAAUUACAUGCCACUUCGAUCACGGAUGACAGUCUGACGCUAAUUUGGCAGCCACCACUCGAUGGCAGCGUCAACCAUUACGUCGUUCAUUAUUCCAUGAUAGACGAGCUAGCGUCGAAAGCGAUAGCUACUGCUUUUGAGAUGGAUCAACAAAUGCACGUUAUUCAACCUCAAGCAGUCAUCAACAACUUGAAAUCAAAACAGCUUUACAAUUUCUUCGUAUUGGCAGCCAAUGACCAUGGAACGUCGUUACCGUCUUCAAUCAUUACAAUCAACAUCACUAAAGAAGCUUUGUCGAAUGGAACGAUUUCCGCCGUCCCAUCAGCGCCGCAAGGAAUCUCGGUAACCAGCCGAAGUGCCGAUUACAUCACGGUUUCAUGGCAGCAACCGGCACUCGUCCAUCCAACUGAUCGACUCACUUACACUUUCUACUACCGUAAGAGAGACGACAAAUCUUUCAACUCGUCGUCGACAACCAUCACCUCCUACAGGUUGGAUAAUCUAACAGCCAGUUCGCAACACAUAUUCUACGUCACGGCUUCAAACGACAAUGGCGAGAGCCGGCCUUCUGAAACGUUGAUGGCCUGGACCGAUCCAGCGUACGAGGCGGUUGUAGAAGUGCCGACAAUCCACCCGAUGAACAUUGUCCUUGAAGGAGGCAGCAUGACCGUCAUUUGCGUCGCAAUGGGCACGCCCAUGCCUACCGUUUCGCUUUACAUUUCCGGUGUUCUCAUACAGCAGGAAAAAACGCGGCACAUGGUGGCAGUGCUAUCUAACGUCACCCGAUCCAUGAAUCACAUUACGUGUUAUGCAAACAAUGGCUACGGCCAAACAUCAGAAGCUUUUAAACGCAUCAUCAUUGGACGUCGACCCAGCAUAACAGGCUCGCUCAUCACUAUGGCAACACUAGGCGACGACGUCACCCUCGAAUGUGAAGUGGAUGCGCAUCCCAUUCCGAAGCUGAGUUUUAGCCGAGAUUCCAGCGCCAUGGAUAAAAUCACGAACAGCAGCAAAUACGAAGUUCGAAUUCUUCGUGAGAAUCGCGAGCCAGACGCCAAUUACAUUAUGCAAUUGAUGAUCAAGAACAUGAAUGUCUCCGACUCCGGCGUUUACUACUGUAACGCCCAAAAUAAUUUCGGCACUUUCGCGCAAGUCAUGAAACUACAAGCGCGUCAGAAAGCAGUUCCGUCCGUCAUGAAUGUGGCCAAAUGCUGCGAAGAGCAAAACGUGACAUCCACCUGUAUGGACGCGUGCACUUUGUUUUUGGACAUUGAGAGCGUCAUUGACAGGCCGGAAUGCAUCGGUGAUUUUCACAAGCUCAUGCGAUGCGCAGCUGAUGGCUCUGAUCAUCGUGGUUGCUGUACCCAAUGGGGCGUACCUCGGCGCUGCUUGGAUUGGUGUCGAGGUGAAGCAGUUUCCAGCAUUGAACUGUGCGCCCUCACGUACACGAAACCUAUCAUUUCGUGUUUCCACGAAGGCAAAGAGCGUAUUCCAGGCCCACCACGUAAUGUACGAAUUCAACUUGAAAAAGAUAACUCAGUCAAAGUUUUAUGGGACUCACCUGCUAAGAAUCCCGAUACCGUCGAGUUGUACAGGGUUUUCUGGCGACUUCAAGGCGUGAAACAAACGGACAAGAAUGACACCCGAUUGACAUGGCUCAAUCUUGUCGGUCUGAAAGAAAACUUGCCGUACGAGUUAGUCGUCAAAGCUGGGAAUCGUGACGGUACAAGUACUUUGACGGAGCCUCUCGUCUUUACCCUGAGUGAUAAAUAUAUUAUUUCAACAAGCACCCAUUCUAAUAAUCCGCAAAUAGGAGUUGCUGUGGGCGUCGUCGUUGCACUUAUCCUGAUUGUUUGCGCUGUGGUCUGCGGCGUGUAUUGUUUGCGCAAGAAAAACAUAAUCGGCAUCAAGCUGACUGGAGGCAUGCGAUUCGACAAUGCCCCUUUUCGAGGAAAUAGUCAGGCCUGCAACGAUACGUUGCAAAUCGUUCAAAAUGAGGUAGUAAAUGAUGCCGGUGAGGUGGCGACACCUAACGGGGGUUGGAGGCAAGAGGCUCUUCAAGUAGCUCCAGCCACAGAAGUGGGGCCCUCGCUUUACGAAGAGUUACGUUUGGGGACAGACGGUGCGGGAUUCAAGAGGCUUAAAUAACAGUUGAAAGAUGGAAGUAAGAUUGAAAUUGCGAUUCAAAUAGCGAUUAGAUGGGUAUGUGGAUUUCAUCAUAGUUGUUUUUGUUUAUUUAUACUUUGACUUUUAACUAGUAAAUAACAACAUCAUCCGAAAAAUUUCUCAUCUUCGUCUAAUUACAAAAUGUACACUGUGUUUGUGUUAGUUAUGCUUCGGUAGUUGUUUUGUUUUUCGCCCCCCUUUUAUUCUUAUCACUGGCUGUUCUUGCUUGUUGUCGGUUAUUUGGUACUUGGCAUCAUUGGAAACGAAACGUUGGAAAUAGCUCGUAAAAUAGUACCUCUGCAUCUUAGUGGAUUGUAAAUAAAAAAGAUUUUUAGCAUCGAA